ACCCAACGGACGGACGGACGGUGGGGACACCUCAAAGACACGUUCGCCAGGCAUUUUCCAUGACAAUGGUCAGCAGUCUUCUAUCACUGUCAUGAGAAGAAAAGAAAGGUACCAUUCCAGCCUAAAGGAGACUAAAGAGUCUUGAUGGCAAAAUGCAACCCACCAUCUUAGACUGGAUCCUGGGCCAGGAAAAGAAGCUACAUGAAAUAUUGGGAUAAUUAGAGAAGUCUGAAUAGACUGCAAGUGAGCACACCCUGCUUGGGCUUCGCCGUGACCCUUGGCCGUCCGCCUGCCCUGCUCCGCCACCAUGUUGGUGCUCCUUGCCUUCAUCAUCAUCUUCCACAUCACCUCCGCAGCCCUGCUGUUUGUGGCCACCAUCGACAACGCCUGGUGGGUGGGAGAAGGUUUCUAUGCCGAUGUCUGGAGAGUGUGCACAAAUGGCACCAACUGUACGGAAAUCGGUGACAACUUUCAAGGCUACGCGACGCUGCAGGCGGUGCAGGCCUCCAUGACCCUGUCCAGCGCCCUCUGCUGCAUGGCCUUCUUCAUCUUCAUGCUGCAGCUCUUCCGCCUCAAGCAGGGAGCGAGGUUCGUGCUGACCGCCACCAUCCAGCUGCUGUCGUGUCUGUGUGUGAUGAUCGCGGCUGCCAUCUACACAGACCGGCGCCAGGACCUUCACGAGAGCAACCAGGAUUACUACUCCCUGACGUCGGAGGGCAGGUACGGCUACGCCUUCAUCCUGGCCUGGGUGGCCUUCGCCUUCACCUUCAUCAGCGGCAUCAUGUACCUGAUACUGAGGAAGCGCAAGUAGCUCCAGGGCCCGCCACCCUCCCUGCACCUCAGAGUCCACACUCAGAUAACCGUUUUGUAUAUAAUCGUUUUUUUGUGGUUUUUCUAGCAAACAUAUUGUUUCCUUUAAAAGCCAAAAAAAAAGAAAAAAAAAAGAGAGAGAGGGAGAGAGAAGCGUUUUUGCAUUCUUGGGAUGAGAGGAGACUGGCAUUCCGGCUGGCAUUCAGAACUGCUGCCCACCCAAAAGCCUGAGCAAGACAAAGGCCCAUCCAGCCGCGGAGACCAGGAAAGGCAGGCGGCUGCUUCUUAAGCGGGGCAGGGUGGGGGGUCGUGAGGGAGGAGGCAGCCAGUCCCUGGGGACACGCUUCCUGCAGGGUUGGCCGGGCUCCUCCUCAGCUUCCUCCCAAAAGGGCCCAGGCGAGGGGUGACCUUCAUGUCGGCCCGAGCCCCGCGUGAGAACCGGCAUCAGGGCUGCGUUCUGUCUGUAGUGAGCCGGGCCCCCGCCUCCUGCAGCAGGCUGGGCCACAGCCCAGAGCUGCUGACAGCAUCUCUGCCUGCGUCAGGGACAGGGGUCUGUAACCUGUGUCACAUGAAGGCAAAGAAUCGCUGCAAAAAGUUCCUUAGGGCAUCUUCAAAUGCAGACUGUGGACGCCCCCAGACCCGCAGAGCCAGCGUCCAGCAGACGGCCUGCGAGCUGCAUUUCUAGUGGGCUCCCAGGAGACGCUUAGAUGGCUUAGAGCUGGGGACCACCUCCCGGAGCCGGUGGCAGAGCCGUCUUGGACAGGUCAGUGGCCUGGUCAUGUGCAGAUGGCCCCACUGAGGCCAGACCUCAGCCCCCGACCCCUCUUGGUUCUCACUCUGGGCCACCGAGCUCCUCUCCCAGGCCCUGACACCUCCAGAGGCUGUGCAGCCUCCUCCCCAGCCUCCCUUUCUGUCCUACAUUCUGAGGCUGGCGAGCCUCCCUGACCCCUGUCCUGGAGCCCAGAGGACCUGCCACUGUUCGGUCCUUCAUCCAUUCAUUCGUCAGCAUAAGUGACGGCGUGCUUGCCACGUGGCAGGCGCAGGGGACCCUGUCUAGACAACCUGCGUCCUCACAGGGUCAUCAUCAGGUGGAGAAGAAAGACUAGAAACCAGUCAGAGCUAGUUACAAGCCGUGAUGGAGCGGCAGACGCCACCGAGCAGUCAGGCGGAGGCCCGGGCAGGAGCGGGCUUGGUGCCCACCUGUCCUAGCAGCUCCGGGCGUUCAGCUCCCUCUAAACAUAGCUCCACUUGACUCCGACACGUGGGGCUCUGCCCAGUACCUGUCUGCGUUGUGGCCAGAGGACACUUCCAUGGAGGGUCCUGGGUCCCCAGCCAGCAAGCAGAGGCGCAUCCCCCAGGGCCAUAGUCCUCAGGCUUCCAGGGCAGGGGCCGGGGAGUGAGCACUCCUGGUGAUUCCGAGAGCGUCCUGGGGUCGUCAGGAGCCCGACCUCGUACCUCAGCACCCUUCUCCUCUUGUGUUUGAGCAUCCCCCCCGGGAGGUGACCCUGGGAUGGCGUAGGGGAUCGUGGGCUGUUUAAAUACCUUGGCCCUGACCGGGUGGUCUGCCAUCGGCCCAGCGGAGGUGGAGCUAGGGAGACGUCCGUCCGGUGGGAGUACUUUCAGGGUCACCAAGGCCCCUUCAGUGCAGAGCAGUGUCUCUUCACUCAUUCGCUGGUUUCCACAGUUGUAUUAAGUGUUUUCCGUGUUCCAGGCCCUGGGGGGGCUCCCGUGUGGAGUUUGCCGUCUCUGAAGCAGGACCCACUCUCUGUGGAGGGGUCACUGUCAGCCCAGUGCCACGGGCCAGAGACAGGACGAUGGUCCCCUCCUGACCCCAUGGAAAAGGGUCACCAGGCUCACUGUGGGCAAGGACGUGAGCCGCACCCCUGGGGUCGGCAGGGUGCUGUAGGAGGAAGCUGGGUCUGGGGCGCCCUCCCCUAGGCUUUCUACCCAGGUGGCUUUUCUAGAACUUUCUGAUAUUCACAAUAGAAACAAUCAAAACUCCUUAGAACCAGAGCUGUGGAAAGCCCAACCCCCAUGCAAGGCACGAACUCCCCCCCACAAAAUAACUCUGGGGCCACAGAGUAUCUGUCACCCCUGAUCUGGAGCAGCCCGGGGUCUCCCAGCGGGCUGCACUGGGUCCCUCCAUCUGUGACACGACUGUGGUGAGGCGUGUGGGAAGUCGGGAGGGUGGGGCGGCUGCCCCUCGUCCUCCCGCAGGUAGACGGACCCACCUGGUGCUCAUCGUCAUUGGCUCGAGAACCACCACCAAAUUAGCUGGACAUCCAAGAAGCCAAUGUCAGGACCAAAUCUGCCACUGUGUUGGAAGGAAUGUAGCCUGCGCAUCUUAUGACAUUUUUAUAAAGUACUGUAAUUCUUUCAUGGGGGGCACGUGAUGGGGACAGACUAACUUGUUUUGUUAUUUGCAUUAAAAUUAUUUUGGGUCUCUGUUCAAACGAGUUUGGAGCUUGCUUGGCGCGUCACCCUGCGGGACGUCUGAAUGCAGGAGAGUGGGGCCCCCUGCGCCCGCCCCCUGCCGCGGGGUCGUGCCUGUGUGUGGCCAGGCUGACCCCAGGAUGCUCCGCAGUACCCCACGGUGAAGACCCACUGCGGCGGCCUCCUGCGUGGGGAGUGAAUCACUAAACUCGCUAGUGAUUUACAGGUUACUCACCAAAGAGCAACUCGGCCAUUUUGUACAUGGGAAGGCGCCGGUGAUGGGGAGGUCCCAGGGGAAGGCUGAGAGGCUACUGAAGAAGCUUGCUUUGGGGACACAUGUGAAUUUAGGGCAGUUAGAGACUUGCUGCUUACUGUGCCUUUAAAACAGUCCAUUUUCUAUGUUUUGUAUGAUCUGAAACUGUACAUGAAAAAUAAAAUUUAAGACGAAUUGCUCAGAGCAGCAGA